AUGGAGGAUGGUCACAAACCAGUGAUGCAACCCCAAAGAAGACUAAAUCCCCCAAUGAAGGAAGUGGUUAGGAAAGAGGUUGUUAAACUAUUAGAUGCGGGGUUAAUUUAUCCCAUAUCCGAUAACUUUUGGAUGAACUAUACAACUACCAAGAAGGAGUUGCCAGUGGUGGUCUAUGCCUUUGAUAAAUUCAGGCAAUAUUUGUUGGGUUCUAGAGUCAUUGUUUAUACUGACCAUGCUGCUUUGAAGUAUUUAUUUGCUAAGCAGGAAUCUAAGCCAAGACUAUUGAGAUGGAUCUUACUCCUCCAAGAGUUUGAUGUGGAAAUUCGUGACAAAAGAGGGUGUGAAAAUACUAUGGCCGACCACCUCUCUCGGAUGUCCCCUAUAGAGGAGAAUGAGGAAAAACGUCCAAUAAAGGAUGAGUUCGCUGAUGAACACAUCCUUGCUGUUAUUGGAAUGCCAUGGUUCGUAGACUACGCGAACUAUCUAGUAGGUGGGGUGAUCCCUAGCGAAUUUGACUCCAACAAAAAGAAAAAGUUUGUGCAUGAUUUCAGGUUUUACUUGUGGUAUGACCCAUUCCUGUACAAGAAAGGAGUCGACGGGUUGGUCAGUAGAUGUGUUCCCGAAGAAGAACAGAGAGAUAUCCUGAAAGCAUGCCAUGACUCUGACUAUGGUGGACUCUUUAGUGGUGAUAGAACCGCAGCCAAAGUCCUCCAUGUAACACCCUUCUAA